AUGGAUAUAUUAACAACACUUAGCAAAGCAAUUAGUACGAAUGGGAUAAAGAGAGCAACCUCGGGCUCCACAUUCAGCGAGAUUCUCCUUCCCGCCACCUUCACUAAUCACCUUAAUGUUGAUAGAUUAGAUAGAAGUAAGCCAAUGGAAAAGAAUAGGCAGGAAGACAGAUCAGAGAAGUCAAAGUCAAGGAAUCUGCAAAUAGCAGAAAAUAGUCAUCUAGUAGGUAAAAAUUCUUCUUUCGAGAGGAAGCUUGUUCAAGAAAUGCUACUACCAUAUAGGCCAACUCACAAAUUCAAACGACAGGAGAUAAAGGCAGAUUACGACACCGCUAAAGCAAACAAAUUAUAUCAUCUACGGAAGCAGAUGCUACAAAAUGAGUCUUGGAUGGAGAGAGAGGAUCAAUUACUUCUAAAUGAAUUGCUACCAUUAAUGGUAAAGUUGGCAAAUUUCAGGGUAUAUCUCCCGCAUGUUAAUAAGCGAAGGUUAUUUCAAAGAGAGUCCAUGAGAGAGAUACCUCAAGUUCCCAAAUUUGAUGAGGAUCCGAUGGUUUUCACGGACUAUAUUGGAUUAUUGACUCACACUAAAUUUAGAUAUAAAAGUUCUUCGAAACAAAAUGGUAUUAUACCAAAAAUGUUAAAAAUGAUGGUUAAUCCAUCAAAUAAGGUUACUUUGCCAUAUCAGACUUCGCAAACAUAUAAUGAUGUCAUGUUCUUCUUCAAACAGCGAUCUGAUUAUGCAUCAAUGAGAGAGACUUUUAGGUUAAUGAAAAUUGCUAACUGUCAGUUAAACACCGCUACAUACAACAUAAUCAUUUCAGCUAUUUUGAAAAAUUCCAAAAUACGAAAGGUCAAAAAGGUUAAUGGUGAACUUGCUUAUUAUUUGAAUGAUAUGAUCAACAGAAAAAUCGGAGUGAACUAUAUUACGUGGAACUUGCUGGGACAAUUUUUAAUGAGUCAAAGUGCAUUAGAAUUUUAUAUCAAGAAAAUGAUAGAACAAGAAAUUCCAGUGACCCAAAGCCUUGCCCUGAAGGUCUUCGAGACUGUUUUCAAGAAUGAAAAUGGGAAUAAAAACGGUCGAACAAUUGUAAUCACAUUGCUGAAUUUUUUGAAAAUCAAUAGGAUAAGUUUUGAUUCUGAAAUUUUAAAAUUUACAUUGAAGCAUCUCUUAGAAGACACGAAAAAUGGGAACUCACUUGAAGUUGCAUGGGAAUUAUUAAACUUCGCUUAUAGAAAGAAUCAGAACAUGUUUAAUGUUGAAAUUUUGAACCUAUUUCUGAAUCAUGUUAGUUUAAGUGGUAGAAUUGAUUUGUCGUUGAUUAUCCUAUAUCAUUUUAAGAACGUUUUCAAAGUCUCAAGUAAUGUGGAAUCAUUCCAGUUUCUGUAUAAAUCGUUGGUUAGAAACGGUUACAGUGUGAAUUUCCCAGUUAUCUUGAAAUUUUUGAAAAAUCUUCAGUUAAAGAUGAAACUUGGUUAUCGGAAGAAUUAUUGGUUAGUUAAGUGUGAGUCUAUUUCUAAGUUCAACUGUUUGAAACAAGUUACAAGUGAGGAUCUGGAAAAGCUCGGCUAUUUGAUGGAACACAUUGUAAAUGGGGGAAUGAAAGUGAAAUGGGAAUUAUUCAAAGUUUCGAGCAGGGAUGAACGUAAAUUGUUGAGAUACCUACAUUGUGUUCCUUAUAAUAAUAAUGGGAAUUCUAGGGAGAAAACGCGUGAUAAGCAUUGUAUAACAUCGGGUGAAACUAAAGCAAAGAAGACUGAAUACCGUAAAAGGAUUAGAUACAUUGCUGUACAAAAUGCUAUGAUUAAGAGGAUUGGCUAUGCCAACAAUUGGAAGGAGGCACUAACGAAAGAGUUGAAGGAUCGUAAAUUGAUAUAA